AUGGCGCGCUCGAAAAAGCGAGGAAGCGCAACUUCACCGGGGGACAAAGCGGAAAACCGGCGUUCAGGCAAGGCCGAGCGUUCAGCGUACUUUGCUCGGAGAGAGGCAGCGAAGGUAUUAAGGACCGUCCUCCAAGGAGAUGCCAAACGCCGAGCCGUGGGUUCUAUUAAGUCGCUGGUAUACUGCCCCUCCCUUAGAAACAAAAGGGGCACCUUUGCUCUGGUUUGUCAAACCCUCAAGUAUCUCUCUAUAAUCAAGGAUGUUUUGGACUCUUCCAAAAUAUUGAAUAGCAAGUGGAAGAGUAAUGGUUGA